AUUGUCAUGACAACAAUCAAUGUAAAAAUAAAUAAAUUGUGUUCCUUGUUUGAGGGAUGAAAAAUUAAUAUGUUUGAAUUCCGUGGAAUUAAAACACAGAUCGAUAUCCAUUCAUGCCGUGUGUGUCUUGAAAUAGUGUACGAUGAUUGUGUUUCAUUUAAAGAAAAUAAUGAUUUGUCACAACUUUUCGAGUUUUGUGUUGGAAUCUCGGCCUGAAGAUGUACUACAUGUACUUUGCAACAAAUGUAUUAAAAUUAUUGAAGAAUUUGCAAAUUUUAAAAGGCAAUGUCAUGCUGCAGAUGAGCUUUGGAAGUCUCAGUUGCAUCAAGAUGAUUUAAAAAAAGAGGAAAACCACGAAGACCAUGUUGUAGAUGCUACAUAUUUAUGUCAAGAUGAAAUUGAAUGUGACAUGCAACAUGAUACUAUUCAUGAUACAUAUAUCAAUGAAAUUAAGGAUUUAAAAAAAGAGGAAAUCUACGAAGACCAUGUCGUAGAUGCUACAUAUUUGUCUCAAGAUGAAAUUGUGUGUGACAUGCAACAUGAUACUAUUCAUGAUACAUAUAUCAAUGAAAUUAAGGAUUUAAAAAAAGAGGAAACCUAUGAAGACCAUGUUGUAGAUGCUACAUAUUUGUCUCAAGAUGAAAUUGAGUGUGACAUGCAACAUGAUACUAUUCAUGAUACAUAUAUCAAUGAAAAUAUUGAAUGCAAAUUAAAAGAAAAUGCCUGUUUAAAAAAGGAAGAAAAGCAGCUCAAAUGGAAUCAUAAAAAAGAACAUAGAAAUAGUAAACAACACAGAACCACCAAAAGCAAAUAUUGGCGGUUAGAUGUCAAUGAAACUGAAACUGACAAUGAAAGCAAUGACAAGGAAGGCUUAAUAAAGGUUCUAGAAUGUAGUAAAUGUAAGAAACAAUACCAAAAAACAAAAUGCCUCAUAAAUCACAUGAAGAAAUCUUGUUACAAACGUGUAAACGUAAAUAAAUUAGUUAUAGUAAAAAAGUACAGGCCAGCAAUAAAAAAGGUUCAGAAGACACCAACUGAAUUGUUUUGUGGGUUAUGUAAUUUCUCGUCCUCCAGUAACAGUGACCUGAAGCAGCAUUUGAAUGAACAUUGGGAGAAAAAUAACUUACAGUGCGGGUUGUGUAAUUACUUUGGUAAAGAUCUCGCUGAAAUGGUAGGACACAGAUCAACACAUCAACCCUAUGAGUUCUUUUCGAUACUGGCUAACAGAGUAUGCCACAUAUGCGAUAAGAGGUGUGUAACAAUUAUGAGAUUGCAGUACCAUUAUAGGUCAGCUCACUUGAACAAAGAUGGUGGCCUUUGUUCGGUAUGCCCCAAAACGUUCCGUUGUUAUAAAGCCUGGAGGAAUCAUGAGAGGCUGCAUAAAGGAAGCAGAUAUAUCUGUGAUCUCUGUGGACAUAAUUUAGUAAUGACAAAUAAAUUUCAGGUUCUUAUAUAGGCAUCAAAUAAAGAUACAUCUGGCGGAACAUUCCGAUGUAAGAAGUUGUAUUUGCGAUAUAUGUGGAAAAGGUUUUAAGAGAGCGUCUUAUUUGAAGGAACACGUGAAUACUGUACACACCAAAGAGCCAGUAAAAUGUACACACUGUAAUAAAAUGUUUAAGUGUCCGGCAAACUUGAAGGAACAUUUAAAAUACGUCAAUAAACAGAAAAACUUUCAGUGUGAAGUGUGCUUGAAAUAUUUCUCAUCGCCAACUUCGCUCAAGAACCAUAUGUUCUGGCACUCCGGCGAGAGGCCUUACAGUUGUGAAAAAUGCGGAGCGAAAUACAAGGCGAAAUCGCAACUGAAAAUUCAUAUGAGAAAGCAUACUGGACAGAGACCUUAUCCGUGCGAACAGUGUGAUAAAUGUUUUUCAACUUCAAUGCAACUUAAGCGUCACAGAAGCGUCCACACUGGGGAUCGUCCGUACAAAUGCACGAUUUGCACCCGAUCGUUCUACUAUAAGAAAUUGUUACUGACACAUUGCACUUUGAAGCAUAAAUGUGUUGAUGUAAAGUCUGAAAUAAGUUCACAGUAAUCGUAUAAUGUGUUGCAUUUAGUUUAUGGAGCUAUACACGCUUUGUUACAAAUCCGCUUACUAAUAUCUCUCGGCGAUAAAUACCUAUUGGCAUUUUAAGAGGAUAGCCGGGAGGCAAGGCAAUUAAAUCACUAGCACUAGAUCUUUCAAAAACUUUGACAGAUCUAGGGCUGUCACGGUUAACUCGAGAGACCUAGCUAGACAACUGAGAAAAACUGCAGUUUAGAGCUGUGAAGUAAGCUCUUUUUGAAGAUACCCAUUUUUAAUAGUGAUUAAUUUAUUGAAAAAAUAAAACAGAGGAACAUGACAGUGGUAGGUAUACAUUAUAUUGUAAAGAAACAUUUAGGAUAUUUUUAUUGUAGAGAAAUACUUAAAUAUUUAUAAUUAUGAAGGAAGAAAGCUUAAAGGAAUACUUCUGUUGGGACUAAACUCCUCUUGGACAUGGAUACUAACAGUUAAUAAUAUAUAUAUAUAUAUUUGUUUUGUAAUAUUUUUGUUAAUAUAUAAAUAUUCGACGUG